AUGCAAACAAUAAAAUGUGUUGUUGUCGGUGAUGGUGCUGUUGGCAAGACGUGUCUUUUAAUCUCUUAUACAACAAAUAAAUUUCCGUCUGAAUACGUUCCUACGGUUUUUGACAAUUAUGCCGUUACAGUCAUGAUUGGAGAUGAACCGUAUACAUUGGGUUUGUUUGAUACAGCUGGCCAAGAGGAUUACGACCGUCUUCGUCCUCUUUCAUAUCCUCAAACAGACGUCUUUUUAGUCUGCUUUUCAGUAACCUCACCAGCUUCUUUCGAAAAUGUCAAAGAAAAAUGGUUCCCCGAGGUUCAUCACCACUGUCCAGGAAUUCCAUGCCUAAUUGUCGGUACUCAGAUAGAUUUGCGAGAUGAUCCAUUGGUGGUUGAAAAGCUAUCACGACAAAAGAUGAGGCCCGUAACUGCAGAGCAAGGCGAAAGGCUCGCUCGGGAAUUGGGUGCUGUUAAAUAUGUUGAGUGUUCAGCUUUGACUCAAAAGGGAUUGAAAAAUGUUUUUGAUGAGGCUAUUGUUGCAGCCUUAGAGCCACCUGUUACUAAGAAGCCUC